AUGGUAUUCCUUGGGAUCCUCGAUGAUACCAAGCUCCCUCAUGUCCCAGGUACGGUCAUUCUGGAGGAGACGGCUGCUCACUCCGAGGCGACCACGGGCGGCCUCAAGCAUGGGACUGGUCGCAAUACCAAUAUCGUCCUUGUGCCCCAGCCUUCAACGACCCGAACGACCCGCUAAAUUGGCCGAUGACCAAGAAGCUGACAGCCUUGGGUGUCACUUGCUGGGGCGCCAUCUUGUACGCCGCCGUUGUCAGCGCAAUGCUGAAUGUAGCUUUUGCGGAGAUGUCGAUCGAGAUCAACACCACUAUCGCGGACCUUGUUCUCACGACAGGCUAUCAGACCCUCGUGGUGGGCGUGACCGGGCCGUUUUUUCUGCACUAUCGCGCAAAUGGGGCAAAAGACCAAUCUUUCUGCUGGCUUCGGUCACUUGUCUGGUGGCUGAUAUUGUCGGCUCCUGCGUGAACAUCUAUCAGGGUGUUCUGGCAUCUCGAAUUCUCCAAGGCCCCGCCAUCGCUCCUUACGAGUCAUUGAUCUUUGCCCUUAUCAGUGAUCUGUUCUUUGUGCACGAAGAUCAGGUCUAU